CUUUAAAAGUCACAAAGCUGAUGAAGACCAGGCCGAAACUUCCAAUUUUGGGUGGAAAACUAUGGUAUGGAUGACAUUCAGAAUUUUCAAGACGAGGGAAAUGAAGAAACCCACAAUGUCAGCGAAUUAGAAGCCAUUGGUCGCAGACAAUAUAGCAAUUUGAAUAACGAACAAAAAGACUUUGUUGAUGCUGUUAUGGAAGCAAUAGAAGACCCGAUGAGUUGCAUCCCCAAGUGUUUUUUCCUCGAUGGACCAGGAGGUACAGGGAAGACAUACGUGUACAAUACCCUCUACCAUCUAAUUCUUGGAAAAAAUCUUAAUGUAAAAUGCAUGGCAUAUACCGGCAUUGCAUCAAUCUUGCUACCUGAAGGACGUACUACCCAUAGGACUUUUGGUCUAAAAGUUCCAUUGACUAGCGAUUCUAAAUCAUCAAUUCAGCCAGGCACUCAGAAGGCCCAAGAACUGGCAGAAGUAGACGUAUUUAUGAUGGACGAAGCACCAAUGCUACCAAAAUAUGGCCUAAGUUGUAUUGACGGACUCCUGCGAAGCUUAGGAAACAGAAACUUGCCUUUUGGAGGAAAAACUAUGAUCCUAGGAGGAGACUUCCGCCAAUGCCUUCCAGUCCAGCCUAGAGCAAAUCGAUCUGAGCUGAUCGACCUUUCUGUAAAACGUUGCAGUAUUUGGAAGUUUUUCAAGCUCUUCUCUCUUCAUCAAAACAUGAGAGUCAAUCUCGAUGAAAGUGCAUUUGCUGGAUAUCUCCUUCAACUUGGAAAUGGAGAUUUGCCCACCAACAAUGACUGUGAAAUAAAUAUUCCCGAUGACAUUAUUUCAAAUGGAAAUAUUGUUGAACAAAUAUAUGGCGAUUGCCUAGCCAACAGAGAUUACAAUGCUAUGAGAGAUAGAGCCAUCCUUGCACCUUUAAAUAGAGAUGUUGAUAAUAUCAAUAACGAGAUCAUCCAAAUUAUCCCUGGACAAGAAACAAUUUAUAAAAGUUUUGAUUCAGUAAAAGAUGAACCUGAUGGAGCUCUCAAAUUCCCAACUGAGUUUUUAAACUCAAUUGAAAUAUCAGAUUUACCACCUCAUGAACUCCGACUAAAAAACAACGUCGUUAUAAUGUUACUCAGAAACCUAGACGUGACGGAGGGUUUAUGCAAUGGCACAAGACUGAUUGUCACGGAGUUGUGUCCGAACAUUAUUAAGGCUAAAAUAAUUACUGGCAGUCAUUCUGGUCGAGAUGUCCACAUUCCAAGAGUCACUCUGGAUUCGAGCAAGUGUCAACUCGGAUGUUCGCUGCAAAGACAUCAGUUUCCAGUUCGACCAGCUUUUGCUAUGACCAUCCAUAAGUCUCAAGGCCAAACCUUUCAGUCUGUUGGUGUUGUGUUAAACAACCCCGUAUUCAUGCAUGGGAUGCUCUAUGUAGCUUUCUCCAGAGUACGAACAAGAAACUCUUUAAAAGUUGUUUUGCCAUCUAGAGACAGAAAAUUAACUAAAAACGUUGUUUGGAUGGAAAUAUUCAGAUGAACAAUAUUGAAAAUGUUAGU